UUAAAAACAGAAGUAAAGGGCCCAGUUCCCAAUCCAUUGUGGGAUUCUUGCUAUUUGCCUUUUCACUUCGUUGUCCUCCAUCAUUUCUUCCGAAACCAACUCAGAUUUCUCAAACAGCUUUCAUUUUCGAUUGUUUUCAUGAUUGGCUUUCAACCAUUUGAAUCUUUCUUAAUCGAGCUUUUGAUCGACUACACAUUACAUGGUCGGGGCUUUUCUUGUUCGAGUUCAGCUCAGCUUCGUUAAGAUGCUGCUAAUUGGUGCACUUGGUAGCCCGUAAUUUGUUUUUUGAAGGAACCCGUAAUUUGUUUUUUUAAGGAAAUGAGUUACUGGUUUUUGUGUGGAAAAGGUAAAGUGUUUGGCUUUUCAUGUGGGUUGAGAAGGGGAUUUAAUUACCAGCAGACUUUCAGUUUAGUUAAUGUUAAGCUCAAAUGGGUUAAAGAUAAAGCCUUAGAUGCUGUUAUUGCUGGUGAAAGAGAUUUAAGAGCUGCUUGCAAUCUUGUCUCCAUCCUCUCCUCUGCUCCAGACUUUUGUCUCCCCAUUUACCAUCUUUCACGGCAUCGCGGUCAACUGGGUCUACCCCAUGAUCAUAAGCUAUCCACGUUUAUCAGGAGAUAUCCCACCAUCUUUCAUGAAUCUUAUGUGUUUGACAGUGCUGGCACUCUUGUUCCUUGCUUUGAGUUGACCCUUGAAGCCUUAAAUCUUUACCAUGAAGAACUUGGUGUUAUCCGGGAUAAUAUGAUUGAUUUGAUUGACAGGCUUUGCAAAUUGUUGAUGCUUACCAAGGAUAGGAUCCUUCCUUUACAGACUAUUGACCAGCUGAAAUGGGACUUGGGGUUGCCUUACUUUUACAUCGAUAACUUGAUUCCAAAUUAUGCUGAUUUAUUUUCUUUGUUUCGCCUUCCUGAUGAUCGGAUUGGUUUGAAACUUUUAUCAUGGGAUGAUACACUUGCUGUCUCCCAGUUGGAGAAGAAUGUUGCCCAGCAAACAGAAGAAGAUUUGAAAAAUAACUGUUUAGCCUUUCCUAUAGGGUUUACAAGGGGUUUUGGAUUGAAGAGAAAGUGCAUGGGAUGGUUAGAAGAAUGGCAGAAAUUACCAUAUACUUCACCUUAUGCCGAUGCCUCUCACUUGGAUCCACGCACUGAUGUGUCGGAGAAGAGAAUUGUGGGCGUGUUUCAUGAACUCUUUCACCUUACCAUCCAGAAGAAGACAGAACGUAAAAAUGUGAGUAAUUUACGAAAACCUUUAUCAUUGCCUCAGAAGUUUACUAAGGUGUUUGAGCGCCAUCCUGGCAUCUUUUAUAUUUCCAAGAUGUCCGAUACUCAAACUGUUGUUCUUAGGGAAGCUUAUGAUUGCCAACGGAUUGUUCAGAGGCACCCCCUUGUUGAUAUUAGGGAAAGAUUUGCAAGCAUGAUGAGAAAAGGAUUUCGGGACAGAAGCAGGGGCUUAUACAAGAAAACUGCCUAUAUAGGUCACAAGGACCCAUUAAAGAUUGUUCAAGGUCAUAAAGGUGGUGGAAAUGGUCUUGAUUCUGAAGUAGAUUCAGAUGAUGAUUUAUUUUCCGAAUACAAUUCUGAUGAGUCAAUUCAUUGCCCUUCCUGAAUAUACCAAAACGUCACAAUGCACAUAAUCUACGGAAACCAUUGUUGCUGCGUCAUAAGUUCACUAAGGUGUUUGAGCACUAUACCAGCAUCUUUUACAUUUCGGAAAUGGAAGUAAGGAGUAAUCAAAUUUCUGCCCUGCCUCUGUUAUGGAGGCUUCACUACAACACCCGUUGCUGGUUGGAGAUCAGAUAAACAUGGAGGAACAAGGUAUGUUCAUGUCUUUGGUGUAAAAGUUGGCUUUAAAAGUUUCUUAUUUUAGAAGAAUAUUUUGCAAAAUACGGUUGGUACUCUUAUAAUAAUUUAAUCAUGUUUGAUAUUUUAAAAUUUAAAAGUAUUUCCAUUUUCCGUUGAUUUUUA